GUUUCCCUGCUAAGACGCGGCUCGUCCGCAUAUUGCAAGUGCUAAAAGAUCCAAGCUAUCUGCAAGGCACCAGGUCUCCUCUUUUCUCUUCGCAAGCAGAUCUUCAGGGACGAUCCGGCCGGUUCGUGGAAUGGUAUUAAAGUAUUACAUCCUCCCGCAUCCCCGAGCCGACACACAUAUUAUGAAGCUCAGUUCGGUUCUCUAAUUGUAUCCCAACUCUUUGGGAUAUCCAGCUAUCAGUCUAACUGUUGGUGAUAUUCCCGGCCUUACCUAAGCAAAGACUUAAUUCUCACCCAUAAGCUACAACUACAACAUAGAAUAAUAUUUACUCCUUCCUUUCUCACAAUCCUUCUUCAUCUUCUCGUGUAAGAGCCCAUACCAUUAUAUCUCAUCCAUCAUGCGUAGUUUAAGUCGAUCGUCACUCUUUUCCAAGAAAUCCAAAAACAAUCUACAAAGUAGAAAAGACAGCAUUGAUGAGCAAACUACUCAACAUUCCCGAAAAUGGAGUACUUCGAGCACCGCCUCUCAGGCAUCAUCAACGGCCUCACACGAUAGGCUAUAUGAUCCGCUCUCUUUACACCCGCCUCUAAGUCUAAACUCAUCACCACAUAUGAUUUCGGAGUUCGAUGAGGCUAGGGACGAGGCAGAGCGGGAGCACCGCUUCUUCCGUCAAACACAGCAUGUCGAAGAUCAUUUACAAGACUCGACCGAGUAUUCACCCAUCAAGAGCCGUAAUUGUUAUCUCAGAAGGCCAUCAGAAGCACGACCAUAUGUUUAUGAUCAGAGCGGGCAAUGGCCCCUCAAGGAUUGGCAGGCGAUCCCUCCCGGUCUAGCCGAGCUGAGUUCUCCGGCUUCGUCGGCAGUCGUACCACCCCAACCCACGAAUCAUCGCCGACCUACCAAUUGGAUGCAUGAAAGUGAUGCUAUGCUGAAGCGGGGCGAUUGGAAGCGAAGAGGAAUCGUCUUCCAUCUCGACGAAGAAACCAAUCAAGAACAAGAACAGCACUUUGAGUUGCCUGAAUGCUAAACUUAUUACCUACCUACCUACCUACACUAUCACGACAAACAAAUAUCUCAUUCUUUUUCACCUUAUGUUUUAUUAUCACAAUUACUUCAACUACCAGCACCUGGAUCAUUUGUGCUGGACGACAUCAGCACGGAACUACGCAUGAGCUUGACGACCAAUUAAAGAGAAGGAUUCUCUUAAACACCUACCUAUCCAUAUCUUCUUGUAUAUAUCAUCAUAUUAGGGCUGCAUUUUCGGGGUGUAAUCGGUGCAAGGAUAAAGAUACCUUUUGAUGUUUCAUAUUUGCUCUUCCAACACACUAUCACUGUAUAACUAGCAUCAUCUAAUUCAAACUAAAAGCUACCAAAAGCCUCAUCAUCUAACCUACCAACUCCCAAUUGAUUUCCAAUCUUCAUCGUGACUUAGUUACCAAUUCAUCCGUAUUAUGUCUCGAAACCCACCAAAGCUGAAAACCCUCAGCAGCUUACCCUCCGCCACGACAACCCAACGUGCAAACCAACCCACGAAGCGGAGAAACAGCGCAACCGUAGCGGCUGACGUUUGC